GGUGGUUCCUGGAGGAAGGCGCCGAGCCCUGCGUGCAUUCGCGCUCACUCCGCGGCUGUGAUUCCUCUGCAUGAGCGCGGGGGGAGAGCAGCCUCGUCCUGGGGGUGCUGGAGGCAAAGCGCCUCGCUUUUCCAACUUGAAAUUCGCAUCCGGGGUUCUUUGACUCUUCGCCUACGGCAGAUUUUGAGGAGCGAACGGAAGGUACCAGACUCGAUGAGUUUCCAGCGAAAUGUCGGAAAAGUCAGGCCAGAGUACAAAAGCAAAGGAUGGAAAAACAAAGUAUGCAACACUCAGUCUGUUUAAUACUUACAAGGGAAAGUCACUGGAAACUCAGAAAACCACAGUUGCUGCACGCCAUGGAUUGCAGAGUCUUGGAAAAGUUGCUAUUUCCAGGAGGAUGCCUCCCCCAGCUAAUCUGCCCAGCCUCAAAGCAGAGAACAAAGGCAACGACCCCAAUGUGAACAUUGUGCCUAAGGAUGGCACGGGAUGGGCUUCAAAACAAGAACAGCACGAAGAAGAGAAACAGCCAGACGUGCCGCAGACCCAGCCAAAACCUGCUGUUCCUGCUCCUCCAGAAGCAGCUCCUGUUGCCAAAUCCUGGGCCAACACCAAGCCAGGAGGACAGGAUGGUCCACCUAUUCCAAUCAAUAGUUAUUUCCAGCAAGAAUUCCCCAGUCUGCCGGCAGCUGGGGAUCAGGAAAAGUCAGGCAAGGAUAAGGAUGCACCUGAAGAUGGAUCAGGAGCCAACCUACGACCACAGAAUCAAGAAGCUAAGGGACAAGAAGAUGGCAGCAGUACACCAGGAGAACAGAAUGAUGGCCAGAAGGCAGGAGACAAGAGGGAUGUGAGGCUGCCCCAGGUCCCUCAGCCCAAGCUGAAUGGCCAGCAGCAGCCACCCAUCUCAUCCCAGUACAGAGCAAUGAUGCCUCCUUAUAUGUUUAAUCAGUACCCCAGAAUGGCAUAUCCUCCCUCCAUGCAAGGUCCAACAAGAUUUCCUAAUUCUGAGCCUAGCAGAGGCCCAAGGGGAAGAGGCCCCCCCUCAUGGUGCUCAGAACCUAUUGAACGCCCAUCCAUUCUCAGUGCUAGUGAACUCAAAGAGCUUGAUAAAUUUGAUAAUCUGGAUGCUGAGGCUGAUGAAGGCUGGGCAGGUGCUCAGAGUGAAGUGGAUUACACUGAGCAGUUGAAUUUCAGUGAUGAUGAUGAGCAAGGAAGCAGUCAGAAAGAGAAGGAAAGUGGUGAUGAACAAACACCAUCAAAAGAUUCCCAGAGUCCUGAUGGCCAGAGGGAAACUGAAGAACAGACAAAUGCCAAGUCUGCCACCCAGGUUUCCACAGCAGCAGCCAAAGGGUCUUACAGCAAAAGCUCUCAGCUUGAUCAGGAUCGAGGUCCACCACAGCCUUCAAUACAUGAAAGAGGUGGCCCUGCUCUUCCUCCAAAAUCUAUUCUACCACCGCACCCUCCUCCCCCUGACAGGCAGAUGGGAAGGCAGGGACCCUUUCCCCCUAAACCAGUACCAGAUGAAGAUGAAAUUUGGAAGCAGAGGAGGAGGCAGCAGUCAGAGAUAUCGGCCGCGGUGGAGCGAGCCCGUAAGCGGCGAGAGGAGGAAGAGAGGAGAAUGGAAGAGCAGCGAAAAGCAGCUUGUGCUGAGAAGCUCAAACGGUUAAAUGAGAAAUUCGGCUGCGUGACAAAACCCUCCCGGGAGGACCCUCUGAAAGAAAGAGAGAGGGAGAGGGAGAGAGAAAGGGAGAGGGAGAGAGAACGGGAGCGGGAGAGGGAAAAGGAGAGGGAGCGGGAGAGGGAGCGAGAAAAAGAGAGGGAGAAGGAAAAGGAGAUAGAGAGGGAAAAGGAGAAGGAAAAGGAAAAAGAAGAAAAAGAAAAACUCGAGAAGGCAAAAGAACAAGAAGUGGAGAAAGAGAAAGAAAAAGAGGUGGAGAAAGAAGAGAAGGAGAAUGAGAAAGAGAAAGAAGAGGAGAAACCAGCACAUGAGGUUCCUGAGCCUGUAGAACCUGUGGCAACACCUGUAGCAGAAAAACAAGAAAGUGAAACCAAGAAUAACAAGGAAGAAAAAGAAGAUCAAGCAGUCUUUACUCGCCAAGACAGUGGUCGGAAUGAGAAGGAAGUUUCACAGGUUACUCAUGAGAAUGAGCCAGACUCAGGAUCCCAGCCUCGUCCUGCUGUUUCCUCAGGCUAUUCUAAGCAGUUCCAGAAGUCAUUACCACCAAGAUUUCAGAGGCAGCAGGAGCAAAUGAAACAGCAGCAGUGGCAGCAACAGCAGCAAGGUGUCCUUCCACAAUCUGCUCCCUCCCAGCCUUCCAGUGGCCCUGUCCCACCCCCCCAGCACAGACCCCUCUACCAACCCAUGCAGCCCCAUCCCCAGCACUUGGCUUCCAUGGGCUUCGACCCCCGCUGGCUCAUGAUGCAAUCCUACAUGGACCCACGGAUGAUGUCGGGAAGACCUGCCAUGGAUAUGCCUCCUAUUCAUCCAGUUGUUGAACUUCACUCUGCCACAGGAAUUAUGCCUCCCAAGCCACUGAUGAGAAGAGAGCAGCUGGAGGGCUCAGCAGCUGGUUCAGAUUCGUUUGAGCACAUGGCUCGCUCUGCCAGGGAGCACAGUGUGCCUCUGUCAGAACCACGCAUGAUGUGGGGCUCAGAGCCCUACCCCCACGCAGAAUCUCAGCAGUCCACUUCUCCUCCCAAGGUCUUAGAAGAGCCUGAUGAUUUAAGGUCUGAGGCACACUUGGAGCAGGAGCGAGUUGCUGUCCCUGCCAGUGCUUAUCCUGUAGAACACAACCAAUUGGAUUCUCAUCCAAAGACAGAAUUUUUCAGGGAAUCAGGAGAGGUAGAGAUACAGAAGUUCCCAAGCAGGCCUUUGGAAGAUGUACAACCUCUCCAGACUGACGCACCUAACACAGCAGUUAAUUUUGAAGGAGUGAGCGAGAAGGUUACACGUAGUUCUCCAGAAGAAUUGGUGCCUGUGGGGGAAAGUCACUCUUCAUUGAAGAGAAGCAUUUCCCAUGGUUCAAGUCACUCUCUAAAAUCAGAAGAUCAGAGGAGUGAAACAGCAGCAAAUAUCCCUAAAUUAAGUAACAGACCUAUUGAGACAAAGGAGACAAUUGAGAGACUUGAGAUUAAACCGAAAAAAGAAAUUUUGAUCACUAAUAGAACAUCAGAAGGACCAAAACCUGAGAAAACUUUCAAACCUAAGUCUGAAACAAGAUGGGGUCCUAGGCCAGGCUAUGGCAGGCGAGACGAAGGUGGCGACAGACCAGUGAGAAGAUCGGGUCCUAUUAAGAAACCUGUGCUUAGGGACAUGAAGGAAGAGCGUGAACAGAGAGAAGAGCGUGAGCAGAGAAAGGAGAAGGAAGGAGAAAAGACAGCUAGUGAAAAACCAGGCAAGCCUGAAAAAAGUGACAAAAAGGAAUCACCUCAAGUGCCACCGUCUCAGGCUGAGCCCGAGAGAUCCACCUCCAGCAGCGCUCCUCUGGCUAAGAAGAUAACCCAGGAUGCUGCCCCAGCACCAGCAAGCCAGGAGAGCAGUCAGCCUGAGGCAGCAGCUAAAGCUGUGGUGCAGCCUCCUGCUCCUGCAGUCCAGCAGCAGCUCCCAGCUGCCCAGCCAGCCACUGCCCAGCUGCCCCCGGCCCUCCCACAGCCCCUGGCCGCCCCACCAGCCGCUCAGCCCCUGCCCCAUGCGCAGCCCCCCGCUCCCGCCAGCAAGGAUGACAAACAGGCUGAGAAGGUGGUGAGCAAGGAGGUGGUGGAGAAACCACGCCUAGAAACCAGGCCAGUGAAAAGAGAGCCUGGCUUACCACCUAGGACAUACUGGAAGGAGGCCAGGGAUAGGGACUGGUUCCCAGAUCAGGGAUACAGGGGCAGAGGUCGGGGCGAGUAUUAUUCUAGGGGCCGUAGCUACAGGGGUUCUUAUGGAGGACGUGGUCGGGGCAGUAGAGGCCAUAACAGAGAGUACCCACACUACAGAGAUCCUAAGCCUAGAUCAGAGCAUGUGCCUUCAGGGCCUGUUAGGCAAAGAGAAGAGAGUGAAACUCGUAGUGAGAGUUCUGACUUUGAAGUAAUCCCGAAGCGGCGGCGCCAGCAUGGCUCGGAGACAGAUUCUGACAGCGAAGUGCACGAGAGUGCGAGUGACACCCUGCUCUCAGACAAAGACAGCAUCGUCAAGGGCAAGCACCCCAAAAGAGAAGAAAGAGCUGAUGGCAAGAAGCCUCCAAAGCCCCUGUCGUUCAAACCUGAGAACAAUAUCAGAGUAGACAACAGAUCCCUGGAAAAAACAUACAUCAGAGAUUAUGAGAACAAGCCCAAACCAGGAUUUCUUCCUAAAGGAGAGCCUUCUAGACGAGGCAGAGGGGGAAUGUAUAGGCGUGGUGGCAGGGAUCCUGGGGGACGUCCUCCACGUCCAUCCACAAUAAGGAGACCAGCCUACAGGGACAAUCAGUGGAACCCCAGGCAAACAGAGAUCAUUAAAACAGAAGAUGGAGAGCCUCCAAGAAGAAAUGAGCAUUAUGGUCCCAUACCAAUUGAUAAAAGACCUCCAAAAUUUGAGAGAAAGUUUGAUCCGAAUAGAGAGAGGCCACGAAGACAGAGGCCUGCCCGGCCUCCAAGGCAGGACAAGCCACCACGCUUCAGGCGCCUAAAAGAGAGAGAGGCUGCUUCCAAGAUCAGUGAGGUGGUGACCAGCUCCACAACGAGUGCCACAGUUAAUAAUGCAGUUAAUGAGCCCUCCAACCCUGCUCUGGAUGUGUCAGGAAGUAAGACACCAGACUUGUCCAACCAGAAUUCUUCAGACCAGGCAAAUGAAGAGUGGGAAACAGCCUCAGAAAGCAGCGACUUCAAUGAGAGGCGGGAAAGGGAUGAGAAGAAAACAGCAGAUGCAGCAGCACAGGUUGCUGCAAAGGCAGGAGAAAAUGCUGGAGCUCCAAAAAGGGAAAUAGCCAAGAGAAGCUUCUCUAGUCAGCGGCCUGGAAUAGACCGUCAGAACCGACGUGGCAACAACGGGCCAGCUAAGCCAGGGAGGAACUUCUCAGGGCCCCGGAGUGAAAGGCGGAGUGGUCCUCCUCCCAGAAGUGGAAAAAGAGGGCCAUUUGAAGAGCAGGCAGCACCUGUGCCUGGUGUUGAUCCUGCCAAUGGCAACUCUGUACAUCAGGAGGAUGGAGGUGUCACUGCUGCAGGACAGAAGACCACCAAGGAUGCAAGUGGCAAAAAGAGAGAAGAGCCAAAGGCUGGUCCAAAGAAGCCGAAGGAAAAAGUGGAUGCCUUGUCUCAAUUUGAUCUUAAUAAUUAUGCAAGUGUUGUGAUCAUUGAUGAUCACCCUGAAGUGACAGUAGUUGAAGACUCCCAAUCUAACUUGAAUGAUGAUGGUUUCACAGAAGUGGUGUCUAAGAAGCAGCAAAAACGCUUGCAAGAUGAAGAGCGCAGAAAGAAGGAAGAACAAACAGUGCAGGUUUGGACCAAAAAAGGAUCAAGCGAAAAAGGCCGAGGUCAGAAUUCCAAGCUGCCCCCCAGAUUUGCCAAAAAGCAGCAGCAGGCAGCAGCUGCAGCUGCACAGCAGGCCCAGGCUCAGGCUCAAGCUCAGGCUCAGCCUCCCUGCCCAGCCCAGUCUCCAGCCCAGCCCCAGGCUCCUGUUCCAGCACAAAGCCAGGCUGCAGCAGGGACAGCCAGCACAGACUACACCGUGUCAGGCAAAGUCCUGCAGAACACUCAGCCUCACAACGGCCUGGGAGCUGAAUUAUGGGACAACAAAGUGCCUCCUACAGCAGUUCUGAAUGACAUCUCCAAAAAAUUGGGACCCAUUAGCCCACCUCAGCCACCUUCAGUCAGUGCCUGGAACAAGCCUCUGACAUCUUUUGGUUCGGCUCCAUCUCCAGAGGGGACAAAGCCUGGACAAGAAGGUGGAGUUGAUCUUGGUAUAGAAACCAUUCAGUUUGGAGCCCCAGCUUCCAGUGGCAGUGACAAUGAAGUUGGUCCUGUGCUGUCUGAGAAGUCCACUGACAAAUUACCAGAACCCAAAGAGCAGAGACAGAAACAGCCUCGGGCUGGACCCAUCAAAGCACAAAAGCUUCCAGACUUGAGCCCGGUAGAAAACAAAGAAUAUAAACCUGGUCCUAUUGGGAAAGAGCGUUCUUUAAAGAACAGGAAGGUGAAGGAUGCCCAGCAGGGAGAGCCUGAGGGACAGGAGAAGCCAUCUCCCACCUCUGUCAGAAGUCCAGAGCCUGUCACUACCAAGGAGACCAAAGCAGCGAGCGAGCUGAGCACCGAGAUAGGAACGAUGAUAUCUGUGUCUGCUCCAGAGUUUGGGACAAACACAAAGGAGUCUGUAACAGACUACACUACACCUUCUUCUCAUCCUAACACAGUGGCUACUAGCAGUACAAAAAUGGAGGAGACUUUGGUGACGAACGUGCCCCUGCCCCACACCCUUCCCCUCCCUAGGAGGGAGACUUUACAACAGAGCUCCAGCCUAACUCCAGUUUCUCCCGCUACCGUCGACCUCACCCUCAAGAUGGAGUCUGCACGCAAAGCAUGGGAGAAUUCCCCAAACAUGGGGGAGAAGAGUUCACCAGUGACCUCAGCAGCGUCUCCCAUUGCUGGUGGCAACAGCAGCAGCAACACUGGGCCAAGCAGUGGCACUUACAGCUCUUUCUCAAGUGCAUCAAUGCCUCCCAUUCCUGUGGCCUCAGUUACCCCCACAACAUCCCUCUCAGGAGCUGGAACAUACACCACCUCUUCACUGAGUACGAAGACUGCAAGCACCUCAGACCCUCCUAAUAUCUGCAAAGUGAAACCCCAGCAGCUGCAGACAAGCAGCCUGGCUUCUGCCAGCCACUUCUCCCAGCUGAGCUGCAUGCCAUCCCUCAUUGCCCAGCAGCAGCAAAGUCCCCAGGUCUAUGUGUCUCAGUCUGCAGCAGGUACUGCAGCUCAAAUCCCAGCAUUCUACAUGGAUACAAGUCACCUGUUCAAUACCCAGCACGCCCGUUUGGCACCACCUUCUCUGGCCCAGCAGCAAGGCUUUCAGCCAGGCCUUUCUCAGCCUGCUUCAGUUCAGCAGAUCCCCAUCCCCAUCUAUGCACCUCUGCAAGGACAGCAUCAAGCUCAGCUGAGUUUAGGAGCAGCACCAGCUGUUUCACAAGCCCAAGAGUUGUUCAAUUCCUCCUUACAACCCUACAGAUCCCAGCAAGCUUUCAUGCAGAGUGGUUUGUCUCAGCCAUCACCAGUGGUUCUGUCUGGCACAGCCUUACACAACUUCCCAGCAGUGCAGCACCAGGAGCUGGCUAAGGCCCAGUCCAGCCUGGCAUUCCAGCAGACCUCCAACACUCAGCCUAUUCCCAUCCUGUAUGAACAUCAGCUUGGACAGGCUUCAGGGCUGGGAGGCUCUCAGCUCAUUGAUACACACAUCCUGCAGGCCAGAGCUACCCUCACUCAGGCUUCAAAUCUCUACUCUGGGCAAGUUCAGCAGCCUGGCCAGAGCAAUUUCUACAAUACUGCACAGUCUCCCAGUGCUCUUCAGCAGGUAAACUAUGGCAUGGUGACAGUACCUUUGCCAGGAUCACAGAUUUCCCUGCCCAACUUUGGAUCCACAGCACAGCCACUGAUAGCCCUGCCCCAGUCCCUGCAGCCACCACUACAGCACACCCCACCACAAGCUCAGGCUCAAAACCUGAGCAGACCUGCCCAAGUGACCCAGCCCUUCAGAGGAUUGAUCCCAGCAGGAACUCAGCACAGCAUGAUUGCUGCAACUGGGAAGAUGGAAUCCCAGCUUUACAGGCACCGGGGAUUUUCGGAUAGUGUGCAGCACUCGGCAGUUGCAGUCCGCUUCCAGAUAUCAGAAAUGGACCUGAAGGCCUUUGGAGGUGGCAUUGAUGUUAAACCUGGAACACCACCAGUUACUGGCAGGAGCACUACCCCAACCUCCAGUCCCUUCCGGGCUAGUUCUACAAGUCCUAACAAUCAGUCCAAUAAAAUGAACAGCAUUGUGUACCAGAAGCAGUUCCAGUCAGCAGCUGCAGCUGUGAGAAUGACACAGCCCUUUCCUGCACAAUUUGCACCACAGAUCCUCUCUCAGCCUAACCUGCUCCCUCCAUUGGUAAGAGCCCCAUUUACUAACACCUUCCCAGCGCCUGUUCAGAGGCUGCCAGUAGUUCUGCAUAGUCAGAUGCCGUCUCAGAUGAGCACAGGCCUUAUGAGCCACCCUCAGUCACCACGUGUGGCCAGAGGUCCCUGUGGAUCAGUACCUGGAGCCAGAGGCACUCAGGCCCAGGCUGCGCUGAAGGCUGAACGAGACGUGAAGGCAAAGCAAAGAGCAGAGGUCCUUCAGUCCACCCAGAGAUUCUUUUCUGAGCAGCAGCAACAGCAGCAGAACAAACCCAUAGGAGGGAAAGCCCCCAAAGUGGAGGAGAACGGGAGCAAACCCAGCGAGGCAAUUGCUGACUCUCCAGGAGUCUGCCAGGACAAAGGCGAGGAAAAGGCCACCCCUGCACCUGCUGCCACUCCGAAACCUGUCAGAACUGGACCAAUCAAACCUCAGGCAAUCAAAACCGAGGAAACAAAAUCUUAGAGGCUGUGUUCCGGUGGAGGGGGAGAGGGGAGGGUGGGCGAGGUGUCAGCAGUGUCAAUUGGUGGCCCGAAGGAUGAAGAGCGGCCUGCUCUCCCUGCCGGGCUCUGAGCAGCCCCAAGGGGCAAAGGUGCCAGCAGCAGUGGUGGUGCCAGCUGCUGUGGUGGUGCCAGCUGAGCCCCGCCUCUCGGGGCCCCAUCUGCUCUAACAGCAUGAAGGCUGCUUUGGGGCGUGCACGUGCCACACGUGUGUGCCCCGUUUGGCUCACACCCGCCCGCUUCCCAAAGCCACAGCAUGGAGAAGCGGCAGCGGUGGGGAGGCAUUUCCUAGCUGACAUGAUGACUUCUUAUUUUCUUCAGGCUCUGAUCUUCAGCUGCUAUUUAUCUUUUUAUAAACCUGUGAGUAUGAGAACAUGCAGAUCUGAAGAUGGUGGUGGGCCAAGUAAUGUGUGUUAAGUUUUUAGUGACUUAAGAAGCUUCUAUCUUGUAUAAACAGAGGGAUCCACGCAUUUGCCACGCGAGGCUUAACCUAAUGCAGAGUAACACUGGCAGUGUUGGAUUUCCCUCUGAAGGCAGUGCUUUGCUGGCUGCUGCUGCUUGGAUGACAAUUUACUGCAUUUAGAUCACCAUAUGAAAAAGCUACUUGGCCACCUGUGUCCUCUCCACCCGCUGCCCCCUCAGUGGCUCUCACCCCUGGAGUUGAAGGUUCGUUGCAUCAAUAGUCAGAUUUGUUCCGUUCACCCCUAUCCAGCUGUCUUGAUAUGAUGCGAGUGGUCCCUAAACGGUUUCCAGUUUCUGUCUGUAACACAGCAACGAGCACUUAACCUGUGCCACGAGAAUAAAAGAAACCUUAUCAGAUUAACGAGAGUUUUAUCUCAAAGGUGCAUUCUUUAUAUCAGAGCUGCGUCGCACCACCUCCUUGCCCACAGUGUGCUGGAAAGUAGAAUCAAGUCAAAUAAAUGCCUUUUUAAUUGUAUCCUCUAGUAUUCUAGCUGUAGGACAGUACUGUAUGAUACUUCUGUGAAUGUAAGAUAUCCUGUACCUGCUUAUGAUAUGUAGUAGUGACUGUGCUAUACUGGAGCUGUUUUUAAUAAUGUUAUUCUAGAGGUUUUUUUCCAGACAAUGAUUGAAAAAGCUAAUAAAAAGCACCAGGUACCACAUCAGUAGCAGAAUUUGCUGGUUUUUUCUGGGAUUUUUUUUCUUUUUUUUUUUUACGUUUUUUGGAAGGAAGAGUUGAAAGUCUAAUGUGUAUAAUUUUGUUCAAAUGACUGCAGAAGCUGGAAAGGCUGUUGCUGCUAUUGAUGCCUAGUGAAUCGCUAUUGGUUAUCUUUUUAUAUAAAUAUAUAUAUAAUUUGAAUUUUUGGAAACUAGCUGUGAUGUCAACUUUGGAAAAAAGUAUCCCACUUGUAGUGUGAGUUGGCAUUGUACAGAAAUUAACAGCCAUAUUGGUCUAGAAAUGUUAAACUUAAUUUUUUUUCCAUUUGUACAGGGGUAACGCACUGUAUGAAAUAUGUACGGUCUUAUUUACAUGGGUUUGAUUACAGAAACUAAUAAAGUAUUCUCUAAAUAAA